AUGAAGAAUAUACAUUGCAAUUCUUGUGGGGGUCCACAUAUUCAUGAUCAUGAAGAGCAUGAACUUGUUAUGCAAAAAUUGAGGCUUGAAAAUGCUCAGCUAAAAGAUGAGCAUGAGAAGCUGUGUAACCUUAUUGGAAGGUACAAAGAGGAGCCACAACCUGAGUUGCAAGAGGCUCAUUUUCCUUUCACGGGAUCUUCAACUGAUCCAGAUCUUGGAUGUUUGCUAAACCAACCGGUUGAAUAUGGAAGUUCAUCUCAUGAUCAAAACCAUGGUGCACCAAUUAUGGAUGAUGAUAUAUUAUUGCCCAACUCAACAAUGGAAUGUGCAGACAUAGAAAAAGCGCUCAUGUUAGAAGUUGCAACUGCUGCUAUGGAUGAGUUAGUUAAGCUUCUCCGUAUCAACGAGCCCUUAUGGGUUAGGUCUUCAACUCUUGAUGGAAAAUGCACUCUUCAUCAUGAAACAUAUGAAAGAUUAUUCCCUAGGACUAAUCAUCACUUCAGAGGUGCCAACGUGUUUGUUGAAUCAUCAAAAGAUUCAGGAAUUGUGAGCAUUAGAGGGACGCAACUAGUUGAUAUGAUUCUAGAUUCGGAAAAAUUUGUUAACCUUUUCCCAACAAUAGUUACAAAAGCAGACACAAUCAAAGUAUUUGAAAGUGGAAUGUUGGGAAAUCAAAGUGGAGCAUUGCAAUUGAUGCAUGAAGAAAUACACAUCCUGUCACCUUUAGUGCGAUCUCGCGAAUUUCACUUCCUUCGGUAUUGUCAACAAAUUGGAGUUGGUAUUUGGGUGAUAGUGGAUGUGUCUUUUGAUUUAUUUCGACAGGACACCCCGCUUUCUCGCUCUUGGAGACACCCCUCGGGAUGCAUGAUUGAGGAAAUGCCUAAUGGGUGUUCCAUGGUCACUUGGGUUGAGCAUGUAGAAGUGGAUGAUAGGAUCCACACACACCGACUAUACAGAGAUAUUGUUGGUACCAAUAUUGCAUAUGGAGCACACAGAUGGAUUAUGGAACUUCAAAGGAUGGGCGAGAGAUUUGCUUUCUUUUAUGCUGAAAACAUGCAUAAUUAUGAAUCUGGAGGAGUGAUCAAUUCACUUGAAGGGAGGAAGAGUGUUAUGAAGCUUUCUCACCGAAUGGUUAAGCACUUUUGUGAAAGCUUGAACAUGUCAGGCAAGCUUGACUUUCCACAUUUAACUGUGGAGAAUAAUACUGGAGUUAGGGUUGCUGUUCACAAACUCACAGAAUUAGGCCAACCAAAUGGUUUGGCUGUUGCUGCUGCUACAUCCCUCUGGCUUCCUCUCCAUCAUCACAAAGUUUUUGAUUUCCUCACAGAUGAUAGAAAAAGAGCUCAGUGGGACAUUCUUUCCAAUGGAAAACCAAUGAAUAAGGUUGCACAAAUCACAAGUGGAAUUUAUCCUGGCAACUGUGUAUCAAUUAUUCGGCCAUUCAUUCCUAAUGAGAACAACAUGUUGCUUCUUCAAGAAAGUUUUACAAAUCCAAUGGGAUCAUAUUUUGUGUAUGCUCCAAUUGAUGUAGCACAAAUGAAUAGGAUCAUAAAGGAUGAAAGAGACUGUUCAGUAUUCCCAAUUCUUCCAUCAGGUUUUGUUAUCUCUCCAGAUGGCAAACCAAAUGCAAUAUUUAACAAUGGAAAUGUUGAUGGAUCAGGAGGCUCAUUGCUGACAAUGGCUUUUCAAGUACUGAUUUGUGGUCCAGGUGGAAGCCUUCUAUUUAAUAUGGAAAAUGUGGCAAAUGUCAACGCUCUCUUAACCUCCACAGUUCAGAAAAUAAAGGAAGCUUUCAAUUGCAACACUUUGGAGUAA